AAAUUUAUAGAAAUAUUGAAAUGAAUGUUAUCUAAUAUUGGAGAGUGCAAUAAUAAAUUGCAUACUGUGCAAUGAUAAAACUAUAACCUCUAUUGAUAGUAUGGAAAAUCAGAUUCAUUCAGAAUUAAUUGUGAAAGAAGAGGAAGAAGAAAGAGAACAGAAAUGUAAUACUCCUAAUACUGAACCUAAGAAUACUAUCGUACGUAAUGGAGUUGAAUCAACAAUUGGUAUCAGACCAAGACCUUUAAUUUGUAAGCCAGAAAAUGUAAAUAUUGGAUGUAAAUCUGAACCUCUAGAAACUAAAUGGCAUUGGGCUCCUGGAGCAUGGCAAGAUGCUACAAGAACUAGUGCCUUUCAACCAUAUAAGCCACCUACAUUACUUACUAACUUACAAAGAGGUAAUACACAGACAGAAAUACCUCAACUUUAUGGAGAUAGCGAUAUUACAUUCCAUACAUUAGCCGGUCAAGGCGAACUUACACCUGAACACAUAAAUUCAAGUAGUGUGGAUGCACCCGAUGAAAAAGGUUUAACUGGUCUAAUGUGGGCUGCAGGAUAUGGACAAUUAGGUAGUGCAGAAAAACUACUUAAAGCUGGUGCUAAUAAAAAUUACCGUGGCCUUAAUGGGGAAACACCUUUACAUCUGGCAGCUGCCUAUGGCCACCAUGAUCUUGUAAAAUUGUUACUAAAUCAUGGUGCUGAUUCAAAUGCAAGUGACGAGGAAGGAAAUACACCAUUGAUAUAUGGGGCAUAUGGUAAUCAUCCACACGUGUGCUAUGAAUUGUUAUCAAGAGAGGCUGAUAUUACAUGUCGCAAUAUUCAUAAUAUAAGUGCUUAUCAUGCAGCAGUAUUAAAUAAUUCAUUAACUGCUAAAGCAGUUAUUGAAAAUUAUUUAAUACAACAAGUAGUAAAUGUACCAUCUGAUAUUUUGCAAUAAAAGAAUGUAAAUAAUAUAAAUGUAAUUUAAA